AUGAAAAAUAUGAUGAGUACGACGAAUGGGAUAAGCGGGCAUGGGAGGGAUACCCAUGCCACGGCGGUGUCAGGUGGUGGUAGGGCAGGCCACCCGCCGUCGUCAACCAACGACUGCCAGGAGUUUGGGGUAGGCAACCUGGCCCCAGCUCUGGAUAAUGCGUCAGGAAGUGCAUCGCAGGUAGGCGACCUGGCCUGCGGUGUGUCUAAUGCGUCAGGAAGAGCAGGUAGGGAUGAGGGCCACCUGGAGGAGUGGCAGAAGGCUGCUAGGGCGGCUGAAGGCAUGCGUUUUGCCGGACUCACCAUCAAACGGGAGACGCGGAAGGCGAAGCGUGCGAGGCCCGUAGUGUACUCGUCCGAGGAGGAUGAGUCGGUGUUAGACUGGCCCGUGCUGGGGGAAGGAGGACGAGCGGAGACCCCUGCCUUGUCUCAGGUGGAGACUGGUAGGGUGAUCGACACGCUGAAGGAGGCCUCCAUCGAUGCCGAAAGAGCCAGGCUGAGAUGCCGGAACCUCAAAGAAGACAUCUCGGGGGUAAUGAAGAGGACCCAUAGAAUAACUAUGGAGGGACUCAAGACCCUGAGAGUUAGGCUCCAAAACCGUGAAGAUGAUCCUCCGUCGGCGAAGGAAACAAUUGCGCAGCUGAAGGCUGAACUGAAAGCCAUGGAGCUGCGCAACAAGGAAGUGUCAGAGGAGAACACCCGCCUCAAAAGGGUAAUCAAGAGGAUGGAAACUCCCUUGGUUGCCAAAACGAAGGAUAGGACCCCGGACGCAAGGCAUUCAGACGGGUCGGUGAAGGCACUGGCGGAGGCUGUCCGCAGUGUGCAGCAACAGCUGCAGCAAGUACAGCAGCAACAACAGCAACAACUGCAGCAAGUACUGCAACAGCUACACCAACAGCCGCAGCGGCAACAGCAGCAGCGUCAGCCGCAGCGGCAACAGCAGCAGCGUCAGCCGCAGCGGCAACAGCAGCAGCGUCAGCCGCAGCCGCAGAGACAACAGCAGCAGCAGCAACAACAGCGGCAGCAGACGCUGAGUGGAGCAGCGACUGGGGCUGGUGGACCGCACAGGGGCCCCACACUCCGUGCUGAGUCCACUAGACCUCCUGCGAAGCAGGUAAGUGUAGGUAAGGCACUAACCCCGCAGGAUGAUUUUGUCCAGGUACUUGGCCGUAAGAGGAGGAGGGUCCGGAGGAGAAAAGCUAAUGUACUCUCCCUGGCUGCAUCAAGGGAUGUAGUCAACGACGCUCAACCCUUGCGGGUACAGGCGCCCUCCAAGAAGAAAAGGAAGGGGAGAAACCGUGCGCAACGACGGAGGAGGAAGUUGCAAAGGGAAAGAGAAGUCGCAGCAAUUUCCCUAUCCUGUACCGAGGAGACGACGUACAGGGAUGCACUUGUGCGGGCCACGGAAGGAAUCAACCUGAAGGACCUGGGAAUUGGCACCAUGUCCUGCAGGAGAGGACUUACAGGUGCCUUUAUAUGGCAGGUACGAGGCAAAGGGGCAAAUGCGAAGGCCGACCGGGUGGCGGAGGCCUUGAGGAAUGCUGUCCCAGGGGCAAAAAUCACCCGCCCCCUUCGUACGAGCACCAUGAGGCUGGUGGGAUUGGACGCGUACGCCAAUGGUACCGUCAUAAGGAACGCACUUUUGGAGAUGCGAUCUGGAACGGACCCCAACCUCAUUAAGGUCGGAGAGAUCAGGAUUGGCAGGGGCAGACUUGGUGAGGCCACUGUCACGGCUCCGAUGCCUGUUGUCAGAGCGGCCCUGGAAAGGGGCAGAAUAGACGUGGGACUCACAAAGGUGAGAGUGCACGAACUCAGGCAGCGGCCCCUCACAUACCACCGGUGCCUUGCGCGAGGACAUGUCGUGGCAACGUGCCCGGCCACAAAGUCUAGGACAGACUUGUGCUACAUCUGUGGGAAGCCGGGCCACGUGGCCAAAGCAUGCACGGACAAGGUGGCGUGCCCGGUUUGCACAGAUGCUGGCCGGAAACAGACUAACCACCGAGCCGGUUCCUGGGAGUGCCCGGUUGUGCUUCCCAAGAAAUGGGUGGACAAGGUGUUCGUGAGGGCACCAAAUGGUGGUCCGGAAACAAUGACAAACAGGAGAAGUGUAGUGACAGGGAAAGGGACCCAUAGAGGAAUGUCACAGGAUGACAUGGAGGUGGAACAAGGGGUACCGAGCACCUCAAUAGUGGUAGAAACAGCGGAGAGUCUAUAG